GGGUUCAGUGGUAGCGGAAACGUGAGUACGGGUGAGGCCAGUCAGCAGGGUAAACAUAGCUUCAACUCUAAUCAGCUGCAACAGCUGCGGGUGCAGAUUAUGGCUUACCGUUUACUGGCUCGCAACCAGCCCCUCUCUCAGCAGCUGGCCAUGGCUGUGCAAGGCAAGCGGCUGGAUCCACCUGCCUCCACACCACCCUACCAGCGCAAUACUACACCGGCCGAACCAGAUGGGGUAUCUGCAGGUGAAGGAGCAGAUGGGGCUGGGGCAGGAGGAGGCAUGAUGCAGCAUCCGAUGCGACCUCCAGGACCUCCUGGUGGCCAGCCCCCGACCCAGUCCCCCAUGACAGCUCAGAUGGCUCCUCCUACCGGACCAGUACCCCCUCAACAGGGAGCACCACCUGUACCCCGGCAGCCAGCGCCCCUGCCCUCGGUCAUGUCUGGACCUGUCCGACCACAGGGCACACCCAACAACCAACAGCUGCUUUCCCAGACGUGCCAGGCUCAACAGAAACAGAACCGAGUCACGUCUGUCCAACGACCACUAGGACUGGAUCCUUUGUUAAUACUGCAAGAACGUGAAAAUAGAGUUGCAGCAAGAAUUGCACACCGUAUUGAUGAAUUAUCAAAUCUUCCAACUACAAUGUCUGAAGACUUGCGCAUGAAAGCACAAAUUGAACUCAGAGCACUGCGGGUACUGAAUUUUCAACGUCAGCUUCGUAGUGAGGUAAUUUCAUGCACUCGACGUGACACAACUUUGGAAACGGCAGUUAAUGUGAAAGCUUAUAAACGUACAAAACGUCAAGGAUUGCGUGAAGCUCGUGCUACUGAAAAAUUGGAAAAACAGCAGAAGUUGGAAGCAGAGAGGAAACGAAGACAGAAACAUCAGGAAUAUUUAAGCACCAUUCUUCAACACUGCAAAGAUUUUAAAGAAUACCAUCGUAACAAUCUUGCCAAAGUUGGUCGUAUAAAUAAAGCAAUAAUGAAUUAUCAUGCAAAUGCUGAGAGAGAACAAAAGAAAGAACAGGAACGCAUUGAGAAAGAACGAAUGCGUCGACUAAUGGCAGAGGAUGAAGAGGGUUACAGAAAAUUAAUUGAUCAAAAGAAAGACAAGAGAUUAGCCUUCCUACUUUCUCAGACUGAUGAAUACAUUAGCAAUUUAACUGAAAUGGUUAAACAACACAAAAUGGAACAGAAACGAAAACAGCAAGAAGAAAUGAAGAAAAAAAAGAAGAAGAAGCGUUUGAAGGUGAAUGCUGAUGGGGAAAUCAUAGAAGGUGCUGAGGAUGAUAAUUCACAAAUGUCAGACAUGCACGUCACUGUUAUUGAACCUUCAACAGGUAAACAGCUAUCAGGAGAAGAUGCUCCUCUAGCCAGUCAAUUAAAUGAAUGGCUUGAAGCUCAUCCAGGAUGGGUUGUAGUUGAAGAAGAUUCAGACGAGGAGGAUGAGGAUUCUGAUGAAGAUGAUGAGGGAGGAGAAAGGAAAAAAUCUGAUAAAAGAGAAGGUCAAGGAGAAGCAAAAGAGGUUAUAAAAAAAGCAAAGGUAGAAGACGAUGAAUACAAAACUACCACUGAAGAGCACACACACAUACUACAG